AUGUCCAGACCAGAGUGCGGAUCUUGUAGAAGUAGUAGUAAGCAUGGCAAGCUGCUAAAGUGUCUUCACUCGUUGUGUGUGGAGUGUUUGGAAAAAUACAUCAAUGGCAAGGGCUCUGUGGGAUGUCCUGAAUGUGGAAGAGUUACUCCAGCAUCGACUACUGGUGUGCCCUUGCUACAGUACCUGCCAGACAGUGAUGUGUCUAGUGAUGGGUUUCAAGAGGAGGUAGCAGUUGCAAGUGCUGGCCGUGAGAAGUUGUGUGAUGAAUGUGCUGAGGAUACUGCAGCAGUGGCUGUUUGCAUGGACUGUGGUGACAAUUUCUGUGCUAUCCACGCAGAGGGUCACCCUGUAUCUCGCAGGUCGUACAAACACACUCUUGUGUCGCUCAGUGAGGCUGCAGAACGUACAGGUGGUAACACUCCAGCCAGCCAGCACAAAUGCUCAUUCCACCCCUCGUUUGUACAGUGUUCGUACUGCUUGAGUUGUGAGCAGCUAGUGUGCAAGCAAUGUCUAAGCAGUGGCGAUCAUGCUGCUCACAAUGUGCAGACUAUCACUGAUGCAUCUUCUAGCAUUCGUCAGUCCUUGAAAGCCAAGCUGACUAGCACAUCACAUGGAAGUGGCAGUGUUUUUGACGAGUCGAUCAAGAAGUCUGAAGCAGCACUGAGUGGACUCCGUGAUGACACUGAAACUGUGUCCUCCCAUAUCAACGACGUUUUUGGUGGCCUUAAGAGAGCCAUCGAAAACCGUCAGCAGGAGCUUGUGAAUGAGGUGGAUCGAUUGCAGUUGUCACAUUUUCUUCCCCUUGAAGAGCAGAAGCUGCAGGUACUUGUUGGUGCAUCGUAUAGCAAGAAAGUUCAACAUCUGGCAGAGAACUGCAAUGAGGAUGUGAAUUUCUUGAAGAUGAGUGGAUGGCUGGAGGAAGCAGCGAAGAAUGCGAUUGGUGCGUUCGAGAGAGAUGUGACGGCGUUUGCUCCGGGAACUCUAUUGUUUUCGCCAUACCACGUUGAGGAACUCACUGCGGCCAUUGCCAGAACUGGUGUGGUGAGUGAAAUUGGUAUGCUGUCAUCGGAGAAGAGUAGCAUGACUACUGCAGCCCGUGUUGAGGAGGGAGACGACCUUACUGUGGUCAUUGAGCCAAGGAAUGCCCACGGUGAUAGUCUGGCUGUGACGGAGGCACAUUUGUCUGGUGUUCACGUUGAAGUAACAUCUGCAGACAACACCACCGACACAAUUCAGCCUGUGAUGAUGCCCGGCAGUAGUCCUCAUGAAGGAACUAACAUGAUUGCAACGUACAAAACGACCGGAAAGAAGGGUUCAGUGCAGCCAUCAGCCAUGAUUGGAGAUCACCAUGUAGCUGGAAGUCCCGCAACGGUUACCAUCGUGGAUCUUCUACUACAGUUUAAUCCCGGCCAAUGUCAUGCUGAUCUUGCACUGUCAAACAACUACCGAACGGUUACUCGUGGAGCUACUUCUACCGGGAACUGGAGGUCAGUAUGUGGCGUGAAGAAAUGGAGUAGCGGCAAACACGAGAUAUCCCUCCGUCUUGAUCGAAUCACUGCUGGUGACGUUCGGCAAUUGUUCUUCUUCUGUAAUGCCCAAUAUCCACGACUAGACACCUUUCACAAUGGAGAGACAGCCUCUUUUGGAUGGUUCAGCCACGACACCUCAGGCUAUGUUCACUGGACGGGCAGUGCACUGGGUCAGCCAUGGCGAGCCGGUGACGUCAUUCACAUGACAUUGGAUUGUGACAAUCACACGUUAGUCGGUCGUCAUGAGCGUACUGGAGCAACCGAAACACUGACCAACUUGACAGGGGAACUCUACCUCUACAUCAGCCUUAAGUUCAGUGGAGAUCAAGUUACUAUUUUGUGA